UUCAGAGAGAGAGAGAGAGAGAGAAGGAAGAGGUAACAUGCAGAUCAUCAACAUGGGAGGGAGAAAGCUUGGCGAUUGGCCCGCCCACUUAUGCCCCUUAGCUUUAUAAAGAACCUCAAGAAUGGAAAAGACCCUCUUAGAGAGCUGAGCCAAACACCCGGAAACAACACAUUGAUAGCCGGGACAAGUGAGAGACUGAAAGAGGGCGAGAAAGCAAGAAAGAGAGAGAGAGAGAUUUUUGGACGCUGCAUUCAUGGAUGAAGAGAGAGAAGUACAAGUAAGGAACCCAUGCCACAGGCCGGCGUUCAUCGUUCUGACUGUUGUCAUUACCCUGGGGAUCAUCACUAUGGUUUCCAUUUCUAUAGUCCAGAACAAGCCUUUAUUCCAGAAGUACAAGUAUGGAAUAGUGCUGGAUGCAGGCUCCUCCCAUACAUCUGUGUUCAUCUACAAAUGGGCAGCUGAGAAAGAGAACAAUACAGGAAUGGUCCAACAGACACACACCUGCAAUGUAAAAGGCAAAGGCAUCUCUAGUUAUGCUGCGAACCCAGACGGCGCUGGCACGUCAUUGCAGGAUUGUAUGGCAGAGGCUAAACAGAUAAUUCCUGUUCAGAGACAUCAUGAAACUCCGGUGUACCUGGGAGCCACAGCAGGCAUGAGACUGCUCAAGAUGCAGAAUGAAGCGGCUUCUGAAAAAGUACUAGAUUCUGUGAAACGUCAUCUGAAGACAUAUCCCUUCUCCUAUCAGGGAGCUCGUAUCAUUUCGGGUCAGGAGGAGGGAGCUUUUGGCUGGAUUACUGUUAACUACUUGAGUAAAAACUUGAGAAAGGCCACAGGGACCCUCGGCGCUCUUGAUCUUGGUGGAGCCUCCACUCAGAUAACCUUCGUACCCAAGCAGAGUGUUGAAUCACCAGAGAAUUCAAUUAACUUUAGGCUGUACGGAAACGAUUAUAGCUUGUAUACCCACAGUUUUCUCUGUUUCGGGAAGGACCAAGCGCUCAGGCUUUCUUUGGCUGAGAUAUUACGAUCAACCCUCGACAAGACAAACCCCACUCAGUUAAAGGACCCCUGCUUUCAUAAUGGAUAUAACAUUGAGAAAAAAAAUGAGGACGUCUUUAAUACCCCUUGCAUCACAGCACCGAUUGCUACAGCUAAAACCUUCUUUCACGUGGGGCUGGGGAAUUGGUCCGAGUGCCAAAAAUCGAUCAAAAAGGUUUUUAAUACCAGCAUUUGCAGUUACUCGAGUUGCUCUUUCAAUGGUGUUUUCCAGCCUUCAGUUUAUGGAAACUUUGGGGCUUUCUCCGCUUUUUUCUUUGUCAUGGACUUUUUAAAUCUGACCAGAAACACAUUAGAUGACGCAAAAGUGAAGUUAGCAGAGUACUGCGCCACCCCAUGGACAGAGCUUGUUCAUCGAUACCCCACUCUUCCAAAGAAGUAUCUGUCCGAAUACUGCUUCUCAGGAACCUACAUUCUGACACUUUUGGAAGAAGGAUACAAUUUCACCUCCAACAACUGGAAAGAUAUUCAGUUCAUUAAGAAGAUAGGAGAAAGUGAUGCAGGUUGGACAUUGGGUUAUAUGCUAAAUCUAACCAACAUGAUCCCGGCUGAGGCUCCUGACACACCACUGAUGGCUUAUGAGGGAUACGUCACAUUUAUGGUCCUCUUCACAGUUAUAAUAUUUCUUCUUUUUGUUCUGGGCUACUUGUAUUACCAUCGGUAUACCCGCACAGGCCAGAAAAACAUAAUUUAGGCUGAACGAGAUAAGACAUUAUGCUACGGUCCCUAAUAUUGAAUGUUUAUUUCUGCAGGCUGAAAUCUGUUAGAUCCAGAUCCAUGUUUUGACUUGAUUUGAAAUGUUUUUUAAUGUCAAAGAAUAUAGACUUCAUACCUCAUGUGAAAGAUAACAGGAUUUGGGAGAAAAUGAGUUCUGGGUUCCAGCGCAACCGAAUGUGAACUCACUGGGAAGUUAAUCUUUCUUUAUUUCUUUGUGACCACUUAAUGUCAUCCUUGAAAAUCUCUGUGAUGUACAGGUAUUAAGUUUGGGCAGCUGGGGGGCGAAUGGGUUGCAGGGCUUCCUUAAAAAGAAGUGCACUGACAAUAUUGUCUGCCUUUGUGUACUCAUACUGUAGAAAAGCAAACGCGCACAUUUGAUGCCAGUAUCUCUUUUACCUAAAAAGAAAUAUAUCUGUGAGUACAAAGCUUUUCGUUGUAGACUGCAACGCUUUUUUCUUUGCAUUAUUGUCACAUGUAUGUUACUGUUUAAACAGUCAAAGUGAUAGUUCACUUACCCUCAUGUUAUUUUAAACCUGUAUGAGUUUCUUUUAUCUGUUGAAUACAAAAGAAGAUCAUUUUAUUCCAUAGUAGAAAAAAAAACUUACUAUGGAAGUGAACGGGUAGCGUCAACUGUUUGCUUACCAUCAUUUAUCAAUAUAUCGUGUCUAUUGAAUGACAGAAUAAAGGUUCAUACAGGUUUUAAACAACAUGAGGGUAAUCAUCCCUUUUAAUGCCUUUAUAUUAAUUGCAGGGGGUGUAAGUUUUGUCAAAGCAUUAUAGUUUUUCUCUAGUGCUUAAACUGUGUUUUGCUUUGAAUUGCAAUUAUUGUACCAUAUUGUACAAGGAGAGUUAAAAUAAUCUCUUGUGCUAAAAAUGUUUGUUUCUAUCUGCUUCUAUAAAUCACAUUCUGUAUGUAAAAUUACUGUAUGUGGCACUGAAACAUGUACAAUUAUGUGAAAUUCUGUUUUUAUAUAUUUAAACGACACGUAGCAAAUUUCUGUAUUAAAUUGACAAAAUUCA